AAGCUCAGACCAGAGGGGGCGGUGCUUCUUCGGCAAUGGGUCUAUUCAAUAUGGAGUACAGAAAAUAGCCCGUCCCGCUCAGUACUUCACUGCUUUCGUUCGGAUUUAGGAUACUUUUUCAUGUCGGGUUUGAACUGUUAACUCUCUGUCAUACAUGCCGAGCCACAGGAGUCGCUGGCGUUUGUCUAACAUGGUUCUCAUCCUCGUUUGAGUAACGACAAUUUACCAGCCUACUAAACAACAGCCGUGCUGACUAGCGAGUUAUUGUAAAACUGUUGAUACACCUAUGAACUACUGGUGUACUUUAUUACGGUAGCCUAUUCUGUAUAUCUCAUCGACGCUCCCCAGUCUGAAGGAAGAUCUGAACACUCGAUCAUUUCUGCGAAAGUUAAGACAAGUUUCGCCGACCUGCGGGGUUAGCGGGUGAAAGGUGACAUCGCCUCAGUAUAUUGUUUCCUAGAAUGCACAAUGCGGCGAGUGUGUCAGCCUCUCUGGGUUCCAUGGGACUGUUGCGUCUCUUCGGAGUGUCCUGGUCCUGGAGUCUGGCAGCAGGCCUUGGGGUAUAUCUGGGCACAAAAAGCUGGAAGUACUUUUACAUUGCAGCACGCACUGCCAAGAGAGACCUCAAUGGUCUCUAUGUGCUGUUGAGGGUGAAGCUGGCUUUGUGGCGAUACAUGCGUAAUGGAAGUAACAUUCCUUCCAUAUUCGCCCAGACAGUCAAACUCCACCCAAAUAAACCAGCACUGAUCUACGAGGCCACAGGAGAGACAUGGACCUUCACACAGCUGGAUGAGCUGUCUAAUGCAGUUGCCCAUUGGGCAAGAAGUCAGGGAUGGGUCUCAGGGGAUGUAAUAGCUCUCUUCAUGGAAAGCAGACCGUUACAGGUGGCGCUUUGGCUGGGCUUGUCUAAAGUUGGGGUGGAGGCUGCACUUAUAAACUUCAACCUCCGCAAUGAUUCCCUUCUGCACUGCAUCGGAGUUUCCGGGUCCAGGGCCAUCGUGUUUGGAGCUGAGCUUGCUGAUGCCAUUACGGAGGUCAGUUCCUCCUUCAGUCAGUCUAUGGUACGGUUCUGUACGGGAGAUCUCAGUGCAGAAUAUAUGGCCCGUCUGGAUGCUCGACCUCUGGACCCAAUUUUAGCCUCUUCACCCAGACAUCCUCCAUCACCUUGUGUUCCCUCAAAAGGCAUGAACGAUCGUCUAUUUUAUAUCUACACCUCUGGCACCACAGGGCUACCCAAGGCUGCCAUUGUGGUUCACAGUCGUUACUACAGAAUUGCUGCUUUUGGGUUUUUUGCCUUCGGCAUGCGCAAGGAUGAUAUCAUCUAUGACUGUCUGCCUCUCUAUCACUCAGCAGGUAAUAUCAUGGGAGUGGGUCAGUGUCUGAUCCACGGCCUCACUGUUGUAGUGAAGAAGAAAUUCUCUGCCAGCCGCUUCUGGGAAGAUUGCAUUAAGCACAACUGCACUGUGGUGCAGUACAUCGGGGAAAUCUGCCGCUACCUCUUGUCUCAGCCAGACAGGCCAUCUGAAAAAAGCCACAAAGUUCGACUUGCAGUUGGGAACGGGUUGCGGCCCAGCGUGUGGGAGGCCUUCACGGAACGGUUUAGGGUGAAGCAGAUUGGCGAGUUCUAUGGUGCGACUGAGUGCAACUGUAGCAUUGCCAACAUGGAUGGAAAGGUGGGAGCCUGUGGAUUCAAUAGUCGCAUUCUCCCCAACGUGUACCCCAUCCGUCUGGUGAGGGUGGAUGAAGAGAGCAUGGAGCUGGUUCGGAACAGCCGGGGCCUCUGUAUACCUUGCCGUCCUGGGGAGCCAGGGCUUCUGGUGGGUCGUAUCAACCAGCAGGACCCCCUAAGGCGUUUUGAUGGCUAUGCUAACCAGGAUGCUACCAGAAAGAAGAUUGCUCACAAUGUCUUUAAGAAAAACGAUUCUGCAUACAUAUCAGGUGACGUGUUGGUGAUGGAUGACCUGGGCUACAUGUACUUUCGUGACCGUGGUGGAGACACAUUCCGCUGGAGGGGAGAAAAUGUCUCAACCACCGAGGUGGAAGGAAUACUCAGCAGUCUUCUGGAUCAGACUGACGUGGCUGUGUAUGGGGUGGCAGUGCCAGGUGUGGAAGGUAAGGCAGGCAUGGCUGCCAUUGCAGACACUACAGGGAGUUUUGACUGCAAGGAUUUCCUGCAGAAAGUCCAGCCAGCUCUUCCUCCAUAUGCUCGCCCAGUGUUUCUGCGAAUUUCACCACACGUAGACACCACAGGUACAUUCAAAAUCCAGAAAACCAGGCUACAGAGGGAGGGAUACGACCCACGUCUCACCAGCGACCAGAUCUACUUUCUGAACAAUCGAGCUGCUUCUUAUGAGGCUGUAGAUGAGGAGCUAUACAAUGCUUUAGCAGAGGGAAGGAUGUCUCUAUGACAUGGAGGCUGUAGUAUUGUAGUCUUGGUUGAGAGAAGAUAACAUACAUAAGCUGAUGUUGGGAUCAGUCAGUCAGGGGGCACCAGCUGCCUCUGUUUGAAGCAUUCAGGGAACAGAGUUGAGAUGACUACUUACAUAGGCAGAGCAUUGGUAAAUAUGAAGUUUUAACACUGUAUGAGUAACACACCAGGACAUAAUGUGAAGGCAUUUGUUCUCUUUUUAAUAACCUUUUUUUUGUAACUGAACACCUCAAUAAGCCUUUGAGCAUCACCGCACAUAGAGUGGGUUUCUCUCACAACCCAUUUAAAAUAGCAUACAUGUUACAAUAAGUUGGUAAGGACAGCAAGGGACAGGAUCAUUUGGAAGUGUUACAGGGUAUGACCCAUGUAUGAAAUAUGCUGCAAGAAAAAUAUUCAUUUUAGAUUAAAGCAAUACUUGAGUGUGAAGCUAUGAAGUUACUGCUGUUUUUUGGAGGAAGAUCAGAUUUCAACUUGCAGUUUAUGUGGCUACUAGGUCAAAUAAUAACCAUAGUCUUUUUUAAUACGAAUGAAAACUUCUCUCACUUGUUAUAUCUGAAGUUUUCACAAACAUUGUUCCAGGUUUCAGAUUUAUGCAAGUUGUUACUGUAUGUGCCUUACAUGAAGCUAAAAAUCUGUCUGUUUCUUGCAAAGAGCCUCCAAAAUGAAUCGGUUCAAGAAGUGAUUGUGUCAUGCAAAGCUGAGUCACACAUAGUGACUUUAAAUCAUGUAAUAAAAUUAAAUCUUGUCAGAGAUACAAUAUAUAGAUGUUAAAUAACGUGAAGGUAUUUACAAUUUCUGAUCUCCCAGACUUCAUUUUUUGUUGUAACUCAAAAUAAAUAUUUAAAACAUA